CCGGGGGCGGUGCCAGAGUCUGUCUGAGCUCUCUGAGUCUCAGCAACUUCGCGACUGUCUUCUUCUGAGCUCGCUGUUCUCAAGCACCAACAUGCCGGGUCCGACGCCCAGUGGCACCAACGUGGGCUCCUCAGGGCGCUCUCCCAGCAAAGCGGUGGCCGCGCGGGCGGCGGGAUCUACUGUCCGGCAGAGAAAAAAUGCCAGUUGUGGAACCAGGAGCGCAGGCCGCACCACCUCUGCAGGGACUGGGGGGAUGUGGCGAUUCUACACAGAAGAUUCCCCAGGGCUCAAAGUUGGCCCUGUUCCCGUCCUGGUGAUGAGUCUUCUGUUCAUCGCUUCUGUAUUUAUGUUGCACAUUUGGGGCAAGUACACGCGUUCGUAGAUUUGGCUACGUCCAUCUGUCAUCUGAAGAAGAAGGAAAAAAAACCAACAUAUCUUGGACCAAAAGUGUAGUGAUUUUCUGCUCAUGUGUAUUAUUUUACAGAGAACAAGAAUUGACUUUGAGAAAUCAUUUUUUUUCUAUGGCUAAUAAACUUUGGAAUUGCUUUAUAA